AUGAAUCCGAAGGUGAAUAAUAAUGCUUCGAGGAAAACUAAGAAGUAUGAUGAAGAAGAUGAUGGGGAAGAAGAAGAAAAAGAGACAGCAAGAUUGUUGUCAGAAGACCCCAUGGAAUGGAUGUUGAAAAACGAACAGGUUUCCAAUUUGCUUUCAGAUGUCCGCGAUCACGAGUUACCUAAUCGAAUCAUUUCAAUGGUAGAAGAAAUGGAAUACAAAACGCCUGACACGGAUUGCAUCUUGCUGUUAUUAUGUAAGCUGAAGCCUUUCAUUUGGAGCAUGCAAAAAGCGGUGAAUAACAGAAUCGUUGGCGAAAAGAUUGAAGUAGAAAUCGAGAAGAAUGUGGAUGAAAAUCGUUUAGAUGUUUUCUUCAAAUUUAUUCCGUCUUAUGAAGAUUUUGUCAAUAAUGGUGUUGAUUGUGAAGAUAUUUACAAAACUUGCAAAAUUUUUUGA